AUGGGUAAGAUUAUGAAAACUGGAAAGGUGGUACUCGUCCUUGGUGGACGGUACGCCGGUCGCAAGGCAAUCAUCAUGAAGACGUUCGAUGACGGUACGUCGGACAAGCAGUUCGGCCAGGCUCUGGUUGCCGGCAUCGACCGCUACCCACGGCGCGUGACGCGAACGAUGAGCAAGGAUCGUAUCCACAAGCGUUGCAAGAUCAAGCCAUUCAUCAAGAUGCUCAACUACAACCAUCUGAUGCCGACGCGUUACAGCGUGCCGGACGUGAGCCUGGAUAGCAAAUACACCGCUGCCGACAUGAAGGAUCCGGCCAAGCGGAAGAAGGCUCGCAACCAGAUCCGUUGCAAGUUCGAGGAGCGACACAAGACCGGCAAGAACAAGUGGUUCUUCCAGAAGCUCCGUUUCUAAGCAACUACUUUACAAAGACUCCGACACACAACCGCUCUCGGCAGUGAUGUGGAACUGGGUGGGCGAAUGAUAAGAAGUAGGGUAGUAC